CGGAGUACCAAUAGAAAAGUUGAAGGUACUGUCAGUAACGCUUGUUAACUCACGUGAAAGGUGUAAGUAGAUGCCAAAAUGGAACAAAUGCAAAUUGGACUCGAUCGACCGGAAAUCAAAAAUUUCGAUUAUAAAUUCAUGAUAGUGGGAGUUUAUAUCUUUUACUCAUCUGCCAGUUUUUGUCAACUCAAUCAAUACACCAUAGUUCAAAAUGUGCUCGAACCGUAUUACGGCAUUGAUAGUUCCAAAAUACAUUGGACACAAUUGGUUUUCAUGAUAAACCUGCUUAUAUUCGUAUACUAUGCAAUUAAGUUCGUACAACACUCUGGCGUGAGGUAUGCAAGCUUAUUUUGCGUAGGGGUCACUUGUCUGGCGGCUUUAAUGAAUCUUUUCUGUAUACCAUACGUCCCUAAGGAGUACCAGUUCGAUUUUAUUCUAUUAACCCAAUUCGUCUAUGGAGUGGCUCAUGUGUUCGUGAUAAUAAUCCCGGCUAAAGUUGUGGCUGUUUGGUACGCAGCAGAAAAACAGAACAUGGCAUGCGCAUAUGCGAUUUGUGGCAAUCAACUAGGAUUGUUUAUGGGUGCUGUUUUCCCCAUGUUGUUCCUGGAUGAGAACAACACUAAUGAAGAAAUUAAGAGUGGACUUUUCCAUAUGUUCAUAUCCAAUUUUUUUUUUUGUGUACUAGCAGGACUAACGGUUGUUUUUUUUUAUAUGAGUAAGCCGCUACAUCCACCUAGCUACCAACAACAUGAAGUUCGUAAACAUAUAAAAAGCUCUCAAACAGAAGCUUUCUGUGAAAUUAUCGUAAUCAAAGAUUUCAUUUGUCUUAUUUUACUUUAUGGUAUUACCUGCGGCAUGUGUAAUGUAUUCGGUAUUUUUCAAAAUAUGAUUUUUCUAAAUUAUUUCCCGGGAUCAUUGAUGAGUCUGUUAACUAUUACUGGACUCUCCUAUAUAUUUGGUGGAGUGGUUGCAAAUUGCGCACUUGGAUAUCAGUUGGACAAAAAGUUACAAUAUAAGUACUACACAUUUUUGAUCUUCGGUUUCCUAUUUUUGAGCUAUGGUACUAUGGCUUUUUUCCUCGAAAUGAGGUGGUACUUCUUGUCUUGCCUAAUGAUGAUGAUUUUUGGGUGUUUAUCAGCAUGUACCGUGAACAUAAGUAUUCAGUACAUUAUAGAAGUUACUUAUCCAGCUGCAGAGAUUAUUCCUGUAGCAGUUCUCCAGGUUGUUAUCUCUGUAGUAACAAUCGCAUUCCAAAUUAUUUUCAACAAACUACUCUCAGAAAAAAAAUUUUCGACAGUUCAUUGGUUAACAAUUGCAACAUUUUGCCUGAUGACUUUUGGAACCUAUUUCUUGAGUUCCAAUCUGAAGAGAAUGUUGGCAAAACCAAAACCAGAGUCGAUACCAGUACCAGACGAGUUAGAAAACUCAUAAUGCAACCUUUCUAUUUAUUUUUAUGUAUAUUUUGACGAAAAUGGCCUUCGUUUCUAGAAGACAGAUCAUUCUCCGAUUGAAUAUUCUAAAAAAAAUAUUCAUAUUGGAUUAAUGAAGAGAACAUUGUUCAUACAACUCAUUCGUAUAAGGAUAAUUUUGUGUUAGUUUAUACGAAAUGGUUUUAUAAUGUUUUGUAUAAAUUGUAUCCUCGAUACACAUACAAUGUUUUACGUUUUAUGAACUAUAUUAGUUUUUAUAAAACUGAAUAUUUUUAUGUGAAUUCUUUUUGGAAUUACAUUUGUAACCUUAUCAGCGUAUAAUGGGUAUAACAUUGAUGUGAUUUUUAUGCCAAAACUUGUUUUUUUAUGUUGAACACGAAUUGAUGAUGAUA